CUUUAGAGCUUGAACUCAACAACAAGCCCUCAGGCUGGCCCGUCACAGCUAGUUGUUCUUUUCUUUUCCUCUCCCUCUUUUUUUGGAAGUCCUGCUCUUCUGUUUUUUCCUCGGCCUGUGCCUGCAGUCCCAGUGUGAGUGGGUGUGUCGACGCGGGCCAGUGGAGCCUAGUCGCUGCUUGUGCGCACUCUGAAAAAGAGGAAAAAAGUUGAUGAUGAGUUCAGUGUGAAAGCGGCCCGCCUCGGAGCAGCAGGCAACCGACUAGGAAGGCAUGGCAGUCUGGACCAGAGCGGACAAAAAUGGUCAACUGGACCUUCUGCUCCGCGACCGCUGGAUCCGAGUGACCGCCGAACUGACCCGAGAAACGCUGACUUUAACGGCCGAAGCGGAGGUAACCGGACAGGGGGGCAACCACUGGGACUACAACAACUCUUCGGCGGGCCUGCGAAAUGGCAUUUCGAACGGGAACGACCCGGGAACGAGUCCGGGGAACCUUGGACGUGGUCAGACCCCGGGUCAGGACCAGAACCAUGGGGGUAGGGGGCGCAGCGGCAGCCCGGGGCGCGGGGUUGUCAGUCGGGGUCAAUACGACGGUCUGAACAGCCCCGGGAAGUACCACCCGAAUAACGGCACAAACUCUGACUUCGGAAGCCCCGGAUCUAGCUACGGCAGUCCCGGGUCCAGCUUCGGGUCGAGACAAGGCGACGUUCCCGUCACUUUGGGUUUGGACGGCCCCUCGGAAGCGGUGCGUAAAGUCCGAGUUGUCAAACAGGAGUCUGGCGGGCUGGGGAUCAGUAUUAAGGGGGGGCGCGAGAACCGGAUGCCCAUCCUCAUCUCCAAGAUCUUCCCGGGGCUCGCCGCCGACCAGAGCCGGGCUCUCCGGGUGGGCGACGCGAUCAUGUCGGUGAAUGGGAACGACCUCCGGGAGGCAACACACGACCUGGCGGUGCAGGCGCUUAAGAAGGCGGGGAAAGAAGUCACGCUGGAGGUGAAGUACAUCCGUGAGGUUUCUCCGCUCUUCAAGAAGCCAUCCCUGGUGGCCGACCUACCGUGGGACGGCGUCCGCCCACAGUCGCCCAGCUACAGCGGCAGCGAGGACUCUGGCUCGCCCAAACACAGCAGCUCCUCCUCCUCCAAAGACAGAAAAGUCAUAAGCCUGAAGAUGUGCUUCAUCAGCAGGAACCUCACCAUGCCAGAUCUGGAGAACAGACUUCUGGAGCUCCAUUCCCCAGACGGCCAGCACACGGUGGUGCUGCGUUGUAAAGACGGCCCCAGCGCCAACUCCUGGUUCACUGCCGUCCACACCAACAUAGCCGCUCUGCUGCCACACACCCUGGCUCACGUCAACGCUUACCUGGGGGCCUCGUCUUCGGCCUCCACGCACCCCCAUCUCAAACACAUUGGCUGGUUGGCUGAACAGGUCCAGCUGGAAGGUGGACGGCAGCAGUACAAGCCCAUGGUCAUGGCACUGACGGAGAAGGACAUCCUGCUGUUUGAAUCGGUGCCGUGGAGCAGAGAGUCCUGGUCCAUGCCUCUGCUCACACAUCCGCUGCUCGCCACAAGACUCGUUCAUUCUGGCAGCACCCGGGGUUCUCCUGCCCAAGGUUCAGACCUGGUGUUUGCCACUCGGACGGGCACAGGGCGGGGAAUUGAGUCCCACAUCUUCCGAGUGGAGACCCACUGGGAUCUGUCUUCAUGGACUCGAGCCCUUGUGCAGGGAGCCCACACUGCCGCUGAGCUCAUCAAAGAAGUCUCUAUUGGUUGCACAUUGAACAGACAGGAUGUUCGGCUGACGCUGCACUAUGAGAAGGGCUUCACUGUGACGAGGGAGCCGGCAGAUCCAGCCGGGGGCGCCGUGCUGUACAGAUAUCCCUACGAGAAGCUCAAAAUGUCCGCCGACGAUGGAAUACGCAACCUCUACCUUGACUUUGGAGGGCCAGAGGGAGAAAUGGUAUUUGACCUCCACUCGGGUCCAAAGCCGGUGGUGUUUGUCCUCCACUCCUUCCUGUCAGCCAAGCUCACCCGUAUGGGCCUGCUGACGUGAAACAACCAACAGCAGCAGCGUGGACGAGAGGACGGGCCAAGGCACAGCGAGGAGGGGGAAAGACACUCCCAAAAUGAUAUGAUACUGGGAGUUGAUUUUUUCUUUUCUUUUCUUUUUUCACUCCAUCUUCUCCAUUCACAGCUGAAGCUGCACGGAAGAUUUAAUCCGCGAGUCGUAUUUCCGAUUGUCUGAAAUUUGUGCCUUCUCUUCCAACUUUCUCCUUGGCCUCUUGCAAUCAUUUGUAGUGCAAGGUCAGGUAAAAAGGAUGUGGCACUUUGCUUGAAGUCAUGCUGUGUUAAUGGACAAAAAGCUAUUAACAAUCUCAUUACAUUCCAUGUGAUGAAUGUCACUAUGAUUAUAUGAUAUGAUGUAAAAAGAUGCUAGGAUGCUUUGAUGUGCUUAUGAGAUGCACUUCAAGCAAAGUGUUACUAAAAUAUAUUAAGGAAAGGGAGGAUUUUUAGACAAUUAAUACACAGCCAAGCACAGAUUGGUUAAUGUUACUCGUUUUUACUCUAUGCCUAUCAUUCCAUGACAGCCUUCCAAUGUACUUUGGGCUCUUUUUAAUGUAUAUUUGUUUGUCUUUGAGAAAGAAAUGUGAGUGAAAGACGCUGUUUUAAAAAUCAGAAUGCAGUUAACUGUGUGUGUGUGUGUGUGUGUGUGUUGUGUGUGUGUGUGUGUGUGUGUGUGUGUGUGUGUGUGUGUGUGUCUCUCUCUAUACUACACGCUUCUGUUGGCUUGGCAGUGUGCCUGCUGUUUGAUAUUAACCUUUUUAGCACAUUAUCCCAAACUACUGUUGUAAUCAGGAGUGCCAACUGUGCCUUUUUACAUGUAGUCGAAGACACUCUUUGUAACGUUUCCUUUUUUAUUUUUAUUUCAUACAACGAGAGAAUUUGAAAAUUUCGACAUGUGCAAGCAAUAGUAUUACUCUUCUAGUGUAAACCGUGUUACUUUGUUUUAUGUUUUUGUUGUUUUGUUUAAGUGUGUAUCUCAUGACAGCAUAACUUCCAGACAUUGAACUCUGUAUCAGAUGAUGAUAUAUAACAUGAGCAUGUGUUACCUCCCCUCCUUGACCUACACUAUAACGUUGUCUCCGUCUCACUGUCGCUAUCAUCUCAUUUCCCUUUGCUUGAGAUUACCGGUCUCUUGUUACCGUUCCUCCAGCAGCAUUUCUCUGGCUAAGGAUUGUUUAACAGGCUUGUUUCAAGGUGGGCCGCCACAUGACAGAAGUACCAUUGUAUUUUAAUAAUCGGAACUGUAAUGGUCGAAUACGUCUCACCUCCUAUGAACCCCCGCAGUAGAGAGGUUACUAUACACUUUAUGUCCUUCAGCUUCUUGCAAGGCUGAAGAAAUGCUUAGUCGACUAAACCUCAUGAUUAACUAACAUGAUUUUGUCGACUAAUCGAUUAGUUGAUUUUAUCGAGUGUGCUUUGAGUGGUCGUUAAGACUAGAAAAAGUGCAAUAUAUAACAGUCCAUUUACCAUGGUAGUCAGUAGAGCCUCUGUGAUCUUUUGGGCCUCAAACAAUGUAGCAUUGUGUCCACUGACCAUGCAACAUAGGAGAACAAGAUAUCCCUUCUGUCCUCGGAUCACCAGUCCCAAUGACCUUUAUUCUAUUUUGGACUCUGAUGUCCUUGUGAUUGUUUAACCCUCCCGUUGUCUUUGUCUCACAUUUAGCCUGUUUUCAAAGUUACUAUGUGAGAAAUAUGGGUUUCUUUCAAGCACAUUGCCCAAAAAUAACAUAAAACCGCUCUGCGCCGGCUGUUGCAUUGAUUUCCUAGGGGGGGGUGGCGCCCAACUAUGCUCUGCGCUACCACUGGCGUCGCGCACUGUUCAGAUAGCUCAAAGUUCAAAUUAUUUCAACUUUGACCUAGUUGCCGCUGACCUUUCGAAAGCUCAACCAAUGAGAUAACAGCAUUUUGUUACCUAGCGGUGUGCAGAGAGUAAAUCGCGUAUCAUGCGUAGGCGGCUUAAAUGGUUCUGUACAAUGCUCUUCACAAGUAAAAUGUAUGAUCAGUUCAAUACUUUCAUUGAAUUUUAGGUGUUUCAUUUAAUUUUAUAGCAUGAGAAAAUUUCAAAGUUUCAAGUUUCAAAAUAAUAUCCUGACUAAACUUUGACAUAUAUACCAGUCUGUGAUUAUCCAUCAACAUACGUUCCUCUAAUCUUAACUAUUAGUCAAAAUAAUUCAUAAUUUCAGCUUUUUUAACUCACACAUUAUGUAAAAAUUCAUAAAUGAGGUCUAUUGACCAUGAAUUCCAAAAAUAAGUGUAAAACUAGUGGUAAUAAGUUGGCGGUAUAGUUAAAAAACGAUCAAUGAAAAACGUGACAAAAACGAAAAAAGCAACACAAAAAUGUUAAUUUUCAGAUUUGAGACGGAAUACGGAAACUUAUUUUGGGUUUUUUGUGAAUGUGAAAAAAUAUACACUUAUAGUUGCUAAAGCUACAUAGCUCUUUUUCAGGCUAUAGUUUUCUUUAAACAUAUUUUUAUUGAGAUUUUCAUAUUGCUUUUGAAUAUGAACAUUUUAACCGAUGAAAUGAAUACAUUAUCCCCCCCAAUCUGGCAGAAAUAAAUACAUAAGAUCACAGCAUUGCAAAAGUUACAGAAAGUUUCAAAAGAAUCACAAUAUCGAAAUCAUGACUUUCAAAAAGUCUAUGUAAGGACUACACAACUGAGCAAAGUUCUUAUCUUUCUUUUUACAAUAUAGUCUCUCCAAUACUAGACAGGCCUUCAGGUCCUUUGUCCACGUUCCAGUAGUAGGUGUUUUCAAGCUAUACAGGGUUUCCGCCGGGAGUAUUAAAAAGUCUAAAAAUUUGCUGAAGUAUUGUGUUCUAGGUCUUAAAUAAUUUUAAACAGGUCUUUAUUUUCCUACGUCCAUGCACUGCUACCUCUAAAGCUCAUUUUCUUUAAUUCCGUGGUGUUGUAGUUCUUUCUUUCGCUAGUCCAAAUAUAACUUUGCUGUAUUACGACUACAAAUGAGACCAACAUUCAGCUUAAAUUGCAGCCAAUCAGCUUUCGUGUUACUGGCGCGAGUCUUUUUCGGAUCGUACCACAGACAUAAAACAGAUUUUAUUCUUUAACUUUGGGGAAGAGCAAGUUAAGCGAUGCUUGGCUUGAAAAAAAACCUGAAUUUAGGGCUCAGUUGAUGUUGUGAUAAAGGUCUUAAAUUUCAUUCAUAAUGGUCUUAAAAAGUCUUAAAUUUGACUUGGUGAAACCUGCAGAAGCUCUGCUAUAGUGAAUAGGCUUUGUUAAAGGAGAGCAGCCUUCCCUUUGAACAUCAUGUGUUUGAGGUAAACAUUUGGCCUGACAAAGUCUUGUUCCUGAGUUGCACUCCAUCAUCCUACUUCUUCGCCUACUUUUCAUGUUAUGUUAAUCAUGAUUCUCUAACUCACUGCACAGAUCUGAUUGUCUUAUGUUGGUCAACCUUAAACAGGCUGCAGGCCGGCCCUCCUGGAUCUUUAUGCCCUAACCUAUCGAACCCCUUUAAAUCUGUGAAUGUACACCUCUCCUCUCCUUCCAGAUGAUUAUUUCUCAUCUCCUUUCUCUUUAUACUCUGAGAUUGUGGCUGUCCUGUCUAUGCAAAGCAAUGCUUCAAAGAAGGGGUUAUUUAAACCAAAGUUAAUGUAUGUGGCAGCUUGCGUCCAACACAAUCAUUGAACUGAAAAGUCACAACAGGAUAAAGUGCUGCUGCAACAACCUGUCAUAUGCAAAGUAUUUUAGACUUCCUUCCAAGAUACUAUACAAUGUGUGAUAGCAAUGUAAUAAUCUCAAAUGUAAAUACCUACAAUAAAACUGUUACAAAGUA